CCCCCUCCCCAUCCUGCUCCACCAUCCAUCGCUUCCCCUCGUCAUCUUCCUCUCCAACCAGCAUCCAGCCAUCCACCGGAGCUCCCAAUCAGCGGCACUAGCACAGAGGCCACCGACUCCCGAUCCUCCAUCUUCUUCUACAGCCGCAACCGCAAGUACGCAAUGGCGUCUCAGCAGAGGCAGAUGCAUCAGCAGCAGCAGGCGGCGUCGGCGCCGGCGGUGGGGUUCGAGGACUACCUGCCGGUGAUGGCGGAGCGGCUGGGGGAGGACGGCCUCAUGCGGGAGCUGGCGAGCGGGUUCCGCCUGCUCAUGGACCCGUCCCGGGGGCUCAUCACCUUCGACAGCCUCCGCCGCAACGCGCCGCUGCUGGGCCUGGGACCCAUGUCCGACGACGACCUCCGCGGGAUGCUCGCCGAGGGCGACUUCGACGGCGACGGCGCGCUCAGCGAGAUGGAGUUCUGCGUCCUCAUGGUGCGGCUCAGCCCGGAGCUCAUGGACGAGCCGCGAAGGUGGCUCGACGACGCCGUCGCGCAGGCGUCCCAGUUCCUCUUCACCAGCUAGAGACACGGAGGAGGAGGAGCCUAGAUUGUUUCGGGAUGCAUAGGAAUUGUUGAGCUUUUCUUUUUCGUUGUCUGUUCAUAGCUGAAUGAAUGAAUCAGGAAGGGACUGCAGCUGGUUUGUCGAUGGUGUACUCUCCUGUUCCUUUCCGAUCAGUGGAGUCUGAAUUAAUCAACAUGCUUCUUCCUCUUUUGACCACCAAA